AUGGUAUCUUUUAUGAAUAAAAUUAUUAAUGAUUUUAACCAGGAAAUAGGAUGGGAUGAAGAAACGACAUAUCCAUACAUUGUUAACAUAAGAAAAGCACUCAUAGAUUUUAAAAUACCUUCUAGUUUUAACAUACAACUAUCGUCACAAACAUCUCCCUCUACAUAUUCUUCUAUGAAACUAUCGAAUCAUUCUCAAUUACUUUCUGGGUCCAUAUCCUAUAUAUACCAAAAUGUACACGGCAAUGAGUUGUAUUAUUCUUUAUCAUCUAUAGCAAAUUUAAAUGGGGAAAAAAAUGAAAACCAUCGCGUAAAUGUGGAGAAAUCAGAUAUUCCAAGUAAUAUAAGCAGCGGCAAAGUACGUAAUAUCUAUUCUGUAAGCGAAGACGAACUCGCUAAUGUAACUAAAGCUGAUUUCCCAUGUCAAACUGACGAAAACAAUAACAAUUAUAAUCACAAGGAACCUUUCCAAUCGAGUUGCCUUUAUUAUGGCCAGAUGUAUUUCCCGUAUUCCAUUUUAGAGGGUAUCCAUAUUAAAACAUUAUCUAACAAUUCCAGAAUACAAACAAAAAUAUGGAGCACAAAAACCAAUUUUUUGUUCACCACUUAUUACCAAUAUAAAAACAAACAUAGAACCUAUGAAUUAUGUUAUAGCAGUCCUGAAUCUCUAAUAGGCUAUAGAACGUUGUACACUUUCCCCCUUAUGCCUUCUCCAGAUAUGCCAUCUAUUUUACAUUACGAUGAAAUCUCUCUUGGCGGUGAGUUAUGGCUGGGUUUCAAAAAUUUAAUUCCAAAUUGUUCAUUAAGUCUACGGUACAAGACCAGAACGGGCAAGCGGAAUAGACCCUUGAAUUUUACAAUUAGUUUUAACCCACUAUUGGGCCAUUUAAGUUCCACAUUUGGCCUUAUAAACCUGGUCAACAAGGAUCCUAUCAAAACGUUGGGUGUAUUUUCAAAAUAUGAUUUUAAUGUCUAUAGUUUAGAAUCUAAUAUAUCACUUGGUCUGAGUUGUAAAGGAUUGAAGUUGAGCGCAGAUCUGCAGAAUCAGCGUUUAAAAUUAUUGUUGAAUAAGAAACUAACUGAUGACUUAUUAGUCAAAGGCGGAUUUGAAAUAUCUUCUUCGCCCUCAAUUCAUAUUAAGAAAGAUGCAGUAUCAAACAAUGGCAGUGUUGUCUAUAACACCAACUCCGGUUUAGAGCUCGCUCCCUUGACGUUUGGUAUUGAACUGCAAUACGUCGCUUCUUAA